AACCCGCUCAACAAGCAGAUCGACUGGGAGAGCCGCGUCCUGCGGGCGCCCGAGGAGCCGCCCAAGGAGUUUAAGGCGUGGAAGAUGAACGCCGUGCCGCCGCCGGAGGUGUACAGCCCGCCCGAGAAGAAGCCUCCGCCGGCCCCCGCCGUCGACAUGGCCAUCAAGUGGUCCAACAUCUACGAGGACAACGGCGACGAUGCGCCGCGGCCCGCCGGCAGAGCCAGAUUCCUGCCUGAGGAGGAGGAGGAGCACGCGGUGUCAGAUGAUGAAAAAGAUGAUGAACCAGCUUAUGCUAAGAAACGGAAACUAGACUCCGGGGAAAAGACAAAGAGGAAGAAGGUAUAAGCAGAAUACGCUUGGUUUUAGUGUAAUGAGAAUUUAAAUGAACUUGGAUUCCUCUGCUGGAAUGUGGAACAAAUACCUGUUUACUGAAUUUCUCUCUCCUGUUGGGUAGGGAAUUUUAUUUCAGCAGUAUGCUUGCCUUUUGGAAAGCACAAAACUUAAUGGACAGUGUUGUGGUAGAAACUCAUCUGCUAAACAAAAUUUAAACCUGUUAAUUUAAAGAGGUUGUCUUAAAACGUUGUGAUGGAGACUUCUGCUCAUGGGUACAGGAUUCACGGGUAUUUUGUUUAUCAAGAAACCUGGUAGCGUGAGCUUUUCUUGACUGAUUUUUCCAUUGUGUCAAAACCUUUUAUAAAGGAGCAUAUACUAAAGAUUCUUUAAGUAUUGUACUGUGAUUUGUUUGAAUAGUGCUGUUUUGAAAUUUAUGUAAAGAUAUUCACUGGAAUAAAACUACAUUUUAAAACAUCUGCGAUAUAAAUGUUGCACUGCAUGCCUGUUGAGUGGGAGCAAUUAAUUCUGUACUGUAUGCAUUUCGGUGCUGUAUUUCUGAAGACUUAACAAUCCUCAGGGUUUUGAUUGUAAUAAAUACACAACUGCAAACAGAAAUAUUGACCUAAAAGUGGAGCUUAAUAUUAGAUAAAUCGCUGUGAUAUUGUAUGUUCUACAUCAUGAAACAUGAAUCUAACUGAUAGAAGAACUGAAGCAUUUAAUGUACUCUUCCAAAAACUGAAAAUAGCAACUAGAUAUGUACAGGAGAAAUAUUAAGCUAAAGCUAUGACAGAGCCUUUACUGUCAAAUUAUAUUUACUUCAGUGCUAAUGCUAGUUAAGCUUUUCAUAGUAUUCGAGCCAGUGCAUACUGCACUUGUGCUAAGUUGCUGCAUGGAAUUUGGGGCCUGUAUAUAUGGAAAAAGUAACAAUGGGCUUUGAGGGGAAAGUGAGAGCUGCUCUAGGUUUAUUGUCAGCUGAAGCAUCUCUGCCUUAGAAAUCUGCACUGAGAUCUGCCUACUGAAACAGGUUUAUGUGGUUAAGCAAUCAGUGUGCAUGUCAGUGUUUUACGUUUUUCUUCUGUCUUGAGCUAGCUUGAAUUUGGUAGAUUUUAUACUCAUAUGUGUAUGUAAUAUUCAUACUUUUUAAGUGAUCUUUAAAAUAUAUUCUUUUAACCUCA